AUGACUUGCUUGACGGGUACAUCUUAUACCCUUAUGUUGAAUGGGAGAUUACAAGGAAGUUUUGAAGGGAGGAAAGGAUUAAGACAAGGAGAUCCUAUCUCUCCUCUUCUUUUUGUGCUGGUCAUGGAGUAUCUCACUAGGCUUCUUAAGCUAGUUUCUCAUCAAAGAGAGUUUAGAUUUCAUCCCAUGUGUAAGCAUUUGCAGCUUGUUAAUCUGUGUUUUGCGGAUGAUCUGAUAUUGUUUUGUAAGGGAAAUAUUAUAUCAGUUCAGAUUUUAUUUGAAGGAUUUUUUAAUUUCUGCCAAUGUUCUGGUCUAGUAGCUAAUCUGAAUAAAUCCCAACUUUUCUUUGGGGGUGUGGCAGCUAAGGUCACAAAUAUUAUUCUGAGUUCUGUUGCUCUUGGUGAGGGGAGUUUUCCUUUGAAGUAUCUGGGGGUUUCUCUGAGACCUACGAGAUGUGUCAUUCAAGAAAUUGAUAGGUUGUGUCGUAACUUCUUAUGGGGAUCCAAAAAUAAUCGCAGCAAGUUCCAUUGUUCUUCUUGGUCUCAGGUUUGUCUUCCUAAAGCAUUGGGUGGUUUGGGUUUUAAGCAGAGUUCUAUUUGGAACAAAGUUCUUUUGGCAAAAUUUAUAUGGGCUUUGUCUUCUAAGCAAGAUGUGUUGUGGGUGAAGUGGAUUGAUGAGAUCUAUCUUAAAGGACAGUAUUUCUGGUCUUAUCAUCUGAAACCAAAUGUUAGUUGGUAUUGGCGUAAGUUAUGCUACCUGAGAGAGAUAUUUUCUGAAGUGGAAUUGGUGGAUUCGUCUGUGAAUGGUAGACUGAAUUUGAAGGUUAUGUUUAGUAGCAUGCUUCAGAGAGACCCGGUUGGUUUUGCUAAGGCAAUGUGGUGUAGUCUAAUUGUCCCUAAGCAUCGUUUUAUUCUUUGGCAAUCAGUUCUUGACCAUUUACUGCCUAGAGAUAACCUGAUUCAGUGCCAGCUUGCUGUUAUCUCUCAGCUGUGUCAGGAAACUCAUAUGCAUUUAUUCUUCGACUGUGUUUUUUCUCAACAGGCUUGGGAGCUGCUUAAGAUUUGGUUAGGUCCUGGUAUUUGGCCAAAUCAAUUUGAUGAUUGGAAGAAGUGGUUAGAAGGGAAGCCUAAAAAUAUUUUGCAUUGCAUUUCUGUAGCUUCUUUCCCAGCAGCGGUCUAUAGUAUUUGGUGUAAUAGAAACUACUGCAUUUUUUCUCAUUAUUCCUUCACUCCUCAUCACUUAGUUAGUAUGAUUAAGAUGAGUCUGAAAGCUAGAUUACAUGGUCGGCUGAGUCAAAAAGUUCUGAACAAGAAUUGUUCUCUUGCUGAGUUUGUUAGGAAGUUGUAA